UUCACAAUGUGUUUCCAGGCCAGAAGAAACGACGAGUAGCUGCUGUUGAUUAGUUUGUGUGAGUUGUGAGUUACAGAAGAGUAAAAUUCCAGGAGUGGCUCCUGUGCCUGCUUUUCUCUGUUGUCUUUGUGCUGCAGAGCCCUUGUUGGCUCCAGGUCAGGCUGAGCCCCACCCUCCAAGGAAGAUGGCUCUUGCCCACUUUGUGCCCACUGGGCAGGGGCUUGCCGUCCACACACAGGCUGCCGCGGUGGUCCCCCUUGUUGCCUGCGCUCUGUCCUGUUUUGAUGAAUUUCCUGGUGCGCAGCUUGUGUCAUCUGUGGAUGGGGUUUUUACCAGCAGUGUGAGAGCUUUAAAACAGGAGGGCGUGAAGACUGAGAACGACCACAUCAACCUGAAGGUGGCAGGGCAGGAUGGCUCGGUGGUACAGUUCAAGAUUAAGAGGCACACCCCGCUGAGCAAGCUGAUGAAGGCCUACUGUGAGCGGCAGGGCUUGUCGAUGAGACAGAUUAGAUUCAGGUUUGAUGGGCAGCCCAUUAAUGAAACAGACACUCCAGCGCAGCUGGAGAUGGAGGACGAAGACACCAUUGACGUGUUCCAGCAGCAGACGGGAGGUGCAGUCUCCAGAGGGACCAUUCUGCACCCUGCAUUCGCUGUGGAAUGGUGAGCACACGACCAAGCUGAUCACGGAGUCUGUGGAAGCCGAGGACAGUCACCAAACAACCCUCUCUGUCGGGUGCACUUCUGCAAAACUGCAUCUACAGAGACAUGUCUACAGUUUAAAUUGGGCCAGUCAGAUUGUUUUUUGAUUAGAUAAAACGGAGUUGUGAGGUUUUUUUCAUUUUUGCUUUUCUCUCCCCUCCCAAACAUUUUCCCCCAAGACUUGUCAAAUGUCAGCUUCAUCUGUGACCAGGUUCUCAGCCCAGAGUUGAGAUGCUCCUGAGCUCCUUGUUGUAAUCAUGUUGUAAUCAUGUAGUUAUCGUUCUCCCAGUUGCUGCGGCUGUGGGACAAGGAGGGCAGGAUUUGACUUACUGUUUGGUGUAGGCACAGGUUACUACAAUGCUAAGUAUUGCAAGUUUAGGCUUUGUCAAGCAUGUGGUAAAGUUGAAGGGAAAAACUGGACUGGUCCUUGAAAAAACACGCAAUGAGUUUUUCAGUAAUGUGCACCCAGGUCUCUCUACUCCCUGAAGCGCAGGACACUAUCCCUCUGGUCAGUACCUGGUGAAGGGUACAUGAAUGAAGAUUGGCACAAUAAAAACUAGCUUUUGCCCUUUUCGUAACAUGGAUAAAGUACCCCAUUUCUCAACUGGUAAUUGUUUUGGGGCCUCAGACUUCUAAUAUUUGCCUCUGAUUAAUGAUUAUGGUCUCCUUAUAAAAAAGUUUGAGUUUCCUGAAUUUGCAGUUACAUAUUGUAUAAAAGAGCUACUUCAAAGUGUGGUUGCAAAAGAAACCCAUGGAAAGGUGACUGUGUGUGUUUCUCAUGGAUUUGUGCUCCGCUGCUCGAUGUCAUGUAUUAGUAUGGUGACUCCAGUUCUGUGACAUACCUUGGGCUCUAUGCCAAUUACAAUGUUCAUAGUUCUGCCUGUUGUCCUUCUUUAAGGAUCCAUUGCUGCUUGACAGCCAUUCUCUGACUUUGACAGUCACCUGACAAUGACCUGCCAUCUCUUGCUUGCUUGAAAUCCUGCAAAAAGUGUUCUUUCCUUUGUUUUGCUGUACGGGCUUGGGGUGGGAUGUUUGUUCUAUUGUGUUUAUUCACCAAUUUGUACAUUAUUUGUUGUCCUUUACUACUGUAAACAGUAAAUAUAGUUUGGUAUUCUGUC